CUUAACUAAUACGAAUAUUACCAAUUCAAUUUCAUUUCCUCUUCCCCUUUCUCUUUCAUCUGAUGCGCGUUCCUCUUUUUUCUUCUCCCAGCCAAAGCAAAACCACCGAACAACAUCCACCACCACACCACUGCCGGCGAGCCGCGACCACUCUUCUCCUUCUCCAUCCAUCACCGCCGCACCCCCCUCAAUCUUCUGUAUUGAUUCUUUAGUUUAGAGAGCUAUCUCCAUCCAUCUCUCUCCACAAACCCUAAUUGUUGUAACUUGUAAGAGGAGGACGUAAUCAAUAAUCCUAAAUAGUAGAGGUGGAAAACAUGGAAAAUGUAAGCUUAUUUGAUUCAAAAAAAAUGAAAUUAAUAAAAAUACCGAGAAGCCUUACCCAACAGAAGUUCAACUUCUAGGUGAUUGAGGCUCCCGAGAGUAGAAAGCAGCAUGAGGUAGUUUGUAGCUGAUUGUGUUGUGAUUUUCCUUGGAGAAUGGUUGCUGAUUGCAAACUCUGAUUAGUGAUCACAACUUAGUGUCAAUUUGAAGUGGCUUGAGUAUUAUCUGAAUAUACUGAAAUAUCAAAUACUUGCAUUUGCUAUCUGGACCCAACACCUUGGACUGGAACUGAAAUACUGAUUUCUCAAAGGAGAAAAUUGCAGUUGGUAAUCAAAGGAAAUUAAUUUGUUUGCUCCGGUGUUUGAAUAAUGGCAGAUACUAUUGUUACAUCUGACCAAUCUUCUACUUCCUCACUGAACCCUGCCCGAAUAAUCUGUCAUGUAUGUCAGAAGCAGUUCUCCCAAUACACAUGUCCUCGAUGCAAUUCGCGAUACUGCUCCCUCCCAUGUUAUAAAUCUCAUAGUCUUCGUUGUACUGAAUCCUUCAUGAAAGAAAAUAUAGUCCAAGAGCUCCAGCAAAUGCAACCUAAUGAACAAACCAAACAAAAAAUGUUGGACAUACUGAAGAGAUUUCAUUCAGAAGAGGAAAUGGAUGGCAUGGAUGAGGAGGAUUCUUUUGAAGAUUCUGCUUUGUCCGAGGAGACGAUGGAAACAAUAAUGUCAGGACAAGAAAUCAGUUUUGAUGAUUUAUCUCUUGAAGAGAAGAAACAAUUUCAGAGAGCUAUUGCUUGUGGGGAAUUGAGCAAGAUGAUCAAACCAUGGGAUCCAUGGUGGUCAAAGCCUUCUGCCAGAGAAAUCCGUCUUAGUAAAGAGGGUACUCAACUUGUUCAAACUCUUUCAGAGCAGGAAUUGGAAAAUGAAACUGAAAGUAAUGAAUCAAGCGAAAUUCCUCUCGGCCCUGAAGUUCCGCUACCUCCUCUAAGUAGUCUUAGUUCCAAGGAGCCAUCACCCCUUUUAACUGUUCACCUUGUUGAUAUAUUAUACAGCUACUGCUUCACUCUUCACCUCUACAACGGAGAUUGGAGGUCAGAUCCAAUAGGGUCAGUCAUGGUUGUGUUGAGUGUGUCCUCAGUUUUGGGUCAAGGUGGGCAGCCAGAGACUGUACUGGGAGCCCUCACUCAUUGCUUGGAGCAGGUUUGCUCUCCAGCUUACAGACACAUGGGGGGGCUGCCAUUUGGUUUAGGUGUUAUGGAUGAUGUGAUCAGUCUACUUUCAUUGGGAAGCCCUGCUAUGGUGUGUGCCCUUUGCGACAUGCAUCGUUUGAUUCAAGAAGGAGAAAAGGAGGUGAAAUCAGAAAAGCCAAGAAAGUCGAGGAGGGAUGAGAUUAGUAGUAUUAAGCAGGCAGAAAGGAAGAUAUAUUUCAUCAUGUGUUGGGUUCAUGAGCAGCCAGAGGAAGCUUGGUCCUCUUUAGCAGCCAUCGUAACGGCACAAAAGACAUCAGCCAUGGAAUUCCAGGGGAGUAAUAAGCCUGAAAAAUUGAACAAUAGAGCAGAAUCCAGAGGCAGAUGUUUGAUUGAGGAGAUUGAAUGAUUUACACAUAUUGCUGUCCCCUUACCUUUUAACCACAUUUAUUUACCUUUCAUUCGGUUUAGGUGUUAUUCUCGUAUCCCACCUAAUUAUCAACAUCUAGCUCUCCGAUCACCCCCCAAAAAAAGAACACCCUCUGUAUAGCUCAUCAACCAAAUGAAGCCUUAUAUUUUCAUGUUACCUAUGUCUUGGUAUGUAUACCUUCAUCUCUUUACCUUAGCCUUAAUGUGGUUUGCCACAAACAGAAACGUGACAACGGCACAAGGAAACCAAACCGAUCAUUUCGCUUUGCUCCAAUUCAAGCAAUCAAUAUCUAGUGAUCCAUAUGGUAUUCUAGAUUCUUGGAAUGCUUCAACCCACUUUUGCAAAUGGCCUGGAAUCGUAUGCAGUCCCAAGCAUCAAAGAUUUACCAAGUUAAAGCUGCCAGGAUAAAAGUUGCAUGGAUCCAUAUCUCCAUAUGUUGGCAAUCUUUCUCGUUUGAGAUUCCUCAACCUUGGAAACAAUGGCUUCUACGGAAACAUUCCACAAGAAACGGGUCGUUUAUCACGAUUAAGAUAUUUUCUUCUAUCCAACAACUCUCUGGUUGGAGAAUUUCCUUUAACCUUGACAAACUGCUCUGAGCUCAAAAGCGUAGACUUAGAAGGAAACAAACUUUUUGGAAAAAUACCUAGCCAAUUUGGCUCUCUUCAAAAGCUUCACAUUUUCUAUAUCGGAACAAACAAUUUAUCGGGAAAAAUCCCACCAUCCAUAAGGAAUCUUUCAUCUCUUAAUAUUUUUUCAAUUGGUUAUAAUAACUUGGUAGGAAAUAUUCCACGUGAAAUUUGCUUCUUAAAACAGUUGAAGUUUAUAGCAGUGCAUGCCAACAAGUUGUCUGGUACAUUUCUUUCUUGUCUUUAUAAUAUGUCAUCUCUUACGGGGAUCUCAGUUGAAGCGAAUAGCUUUAGUGGUUCUCUUCCACCCAAUAUGUUCAACACUCUCCCUAACCUCUAUUUCUAUGGAAUUGGAGGAAAUCAAUUCUCUGGUCCAAUCCCAACUUCCAUUGCAAAUGCUUAUACUUUGAUAAGGUUUGAUAUUGGUGGUAACCAUUUUGUCGGACAAGUUCCAUGUCUAGGGAAGCUACAGAAACUUUGGUCGCUAAGUUUGCAAGAUAACAAAUUAGGUGACAAUUCCAGUAAGGAUUUAGAGUUUUUAAAAUCAUUAGCAAAUUGUAGCCAGUUGUACUCUCUCUCUGUAACCAACAACAACUUUGGAGGUAGUUUGCCAAAUUUGAUAGGUAACUUAUCCCCUGGUCUAAGUGAAUUAUAUAUUGGGGGUAAUCAAAUAUAUGGUAAAAUUCCUAUAGAAUUAGGAAAUCUAACUAGCCUUGAUUCUCUUAACCAUGGAAGAUAACCGUUUAGAAGGAACUAUUCCAAAAACUUUUGGGAUGUUUCAAAAGAUACAAUACUUAGGAUUGGGAGGAAACAGGUUAUCAGGGGAUAUACCGGCCUUCAUAGGAAACCUCAGUCAGUUGUAUUAUCUGGGACUUAGUGAAAAUAAAUUAGAAGGGAAUAUUCCUCCAAAUAUAGGAAAUUGUCAAAAGUUAGAAUACCUAAACUUUUCACAAAAUGACCUUAGAGGAUCCAUACGUUUAGAGAUCUUUAGUAUUUCCCCUUUGUCAAAACUUGACUUUUCACGAAACAUGUUGAAUGAUAGAUUACCUAAAGAAGUGGGUAUGCUAAAAAGUAUUGAGGGGGUAGAUGUCUCUGAGAAUCGUUUAUUUGGGGACAUUCUUGGAACCAUUGGUGAAUGCAGAGUCUUACAAGUCCUCUAAUUGCAAGGGAACAAGACCAUCCUCUUUUGCUUCUCUCAAAGGUCUACGGUAUUUAGAUAUUUCAAGAAAUAAAUUGUUUGGACCAAAUCCCGAUGUUAUGCAAAAUAUCUCUAAUUUAGAAUACUUAGAUGUUUCUUUUAACAUGUUGGAAGGUGAGGUACCAACAGAUGGUGUCUUUGGAAAUGCAACCAGAGUAGCAAUAAUUGGAAACAAUAAACUUUGUGGUGGUAUUUCAGAGUUACAUCUACCACCAUGCCCUUUCAAGGGUAGGAAACAUAUAAAAAACCAUAAUUUCAAGUUGAUAGCUAUGAUAGUCAGUGUGGUUUCUUUUCUUCUCAUACUUUCAUUUAUUAUAGCUAUCUAUUGGAUAAGUAAAAGGAACAAAAAAUCAUCAUUAGAUUCUUCAAUAAUAGAUCAACUAGAUAAGGUUUCAUACAAAGACUUACACAAAGGAACUGAUGGGUUCUCGGAUAGAAACAUGAUCGGGUCAGGAAGUUUUGGUUCCGUGUACAAAGGAAAUCUUGUGUCAGAAGAUAAUGUUGUUGCAUAAUGUUGUUGCAGUAAAGGUCUUGAACCUCCAAAAGAAAGGAGCUCACAAGAGUUUUAUUGUUGAAUGUAAUGCACUCAAAAAUAUUAGACACCAAAAUUUAGUCAAGGUUCUAACAUGUUGUUCUAGUACAAAUUACAAAGGCCAAGAAUUUAAAGCUUUAGUUUUUUAUUACAUGAAAAAUGGAAGCUUAGAACAAUGGUUGCAUCCUCAGAUUUAAGUGCAGAACCUCUAACAACAUUGAACCUUGGUCAUAGAUUAAACAUCAUUAUGGAUGUUGCUUCUGCAUUACAUUAUCUUCAUCGAGAAUGUGAGCAAUUGGUCCUUCGUUGUGAUCUAAAGCCAAGCACACUUCUUGAUGAUGACAUGGUCAUGUGAGUGAUUUUGGCACAGCAAGACUUGUCUCAGCCAUUUGUGGUACCACUCAUAAGAAUACUAGUACAACUGGAAUAAAAGGAACAAUUGGCUAUGCUCCUCUGGAGUAUGGGAUGGGUUCUGAAGUAUCUGCAUGUGGUGACAUGUAUAGCUUUGGAAUCCUUAUGUUGGAAAUGCUUACCGGUAGAAGACCCACUGAUCACGCUUUUGAAGAUGGUCAAAAUCUGCAUAACUUUGUUGCAAUAUCAUUUCCUGCUAAUCUUAAGAAAAUUUUGGACCCACAUCUUUUAUCAAGGGACGCAGAAGUAGAAAUGGAAGAUGGAAAUCUUGAGAAUCUUAUUCCAGCUGCAAAGGAGUGCUUAGUUUCACUUUUUAGGAUUGGACUUAUGUGUUCAAUGGAGUCACCAAAAGAAAGACUGAAUAUUGAGGAUGUAUGUAUAGAGCUUAGUAUAAUCAGAAAGGCCUUUCUUGCCGGUGCUCAAACUUGUAAUUAGCAAUUCAGCUUGAUGCGCAGUUUUUACGAAACUUAUAGGUCAAGCUUGAAGCACAUGUGACAAUGUUUAGUUUACCCAUUUGGUUAGCAGUAUUUGUGUAUUUUCCUCCAACCUAGGCGUUGCUUUAAAUAAAUAAUGUUGCACUGCUUUUCUAAUUCAAUAAACUGAGAAUUGAUACUUCUCCCA